AUGCCACGCAAUGGAUACACGGGGCUCGCUGAUCAGCAGGCAGCUAGUCGCCCAGGUAUGGGGAAGUCAGAGGCAAACAAAAUGGGGUUAUUCGGAGCCAUCGGAUACCUGACCUGUACGAUUAUUGGGUCCGGUAUUUUUGUCUCGCCCAAAGGAAUCCUCGAAAAUGCCGGCUCGGUGGGGCUGUCCCUAGCGGCCUGGGUUCUCUGCGCUGGCAUCGCGCUUGUUAUUGCAAUGGCCUACAUCGAACUCGCAACCUCAAUUCCGGAGUGCGGCUCCGACUUCUCGUACAUCAACUAUGUCGGCUGGACCCCUUUAGCAUUCGCAUUCCUUUGGCUGGCGAAUAUCAUUGAAGGGUCGUGCAGCUGCGCAAUAAUGUUCAUGACCUUUGGACAGUACAUCGGUGAAGCCCUACGACCACUCAACGAUGAAAUGUCGGAUGAGAUGCGUUUCCGGCUACAGCAACUAUUAGGCGUUGCCAUUUGUUUGGUGAUGGCAUGGGUGAAUCUGUUCUCACUCAAGAAAUGGGCGGCCAAAAUCCAAAUCGUGAUGAUGGGCAUGAAACUGCUGGCACUGAGCAUCAUUAUCGUCACGGGAUUCUACUUUUUGAUUGCUAAAGGCAGAACCGAAAACUUUAUCAACGGCGCCUUGUUCAAUGGUUCCGCUUGGUCGGCGGGCAAUAUUUCGUUGGCCCUGUAUUCGGGAGCAUGGGCCUAUUCUGGAUAUGAUGCUCUCAAUUAUGGCACCGAAGAGAUUGAACUGCAGAAUUUUAGCUGGAUCCUGCCGCGAGCAGUAUUUGGCGGGCUGCUACUAGCUACUGUCAUUUAUUUCCUCGCCAAUGUUGCGUAUUUCACGAUUCUAAAUCCGGCUCAGCUUUUGGCUUCGGAGGCUGUGGCUACGACGUUCUCCGAAGAAACGCUGGGCGGCUUUAAAUACGCGAUGCCAGCUAUUGUUGGUUUAUUGAUGAUCGGUUCACUUAAUUCAGACAUUUUCCAAUGGAGUCGGAUGACGAUGGCAGGUGCACGUAAAAGUCUGAUGCCGACGGCUCUCGCAUUGUCAAACCCGGAAACAGAUGCUCCUCGCGUUUCUGUGAUGUUUCACGUAGCCCUCUCAAUCGCCUUCUCAUUCGUCAAAGAUAUCGACUCUCUACUAGACUACGUUAAUGUGGCUGGUAUGGCAAGAGUGGCUUGUUCAAUGGGUGCACUCGUCUAUAUAAAAUAUCGAAAAGUUCCUGUGUCGAGUAGGGCCAUAAAGUACCCAAUAUUCUUGCCUAUCCUAGCAUUCCUCAUCGCGAUAACACUGAUUGUGGUUCCGUUCGUUCAAAAACUGGCGAUCUCGGGCGCCUCAUGCGGACUUUUGUUAACCUGCUUCUGCCUUUAUUUCGUGUUAAUCUAUCCAAACUACCGACUGCCCAUAUUACAAUGGCUGGACGAAAAAUCAACCAUCAUUUGCCAGCACGUCUUCCAGUGCGUCGUUGAGGAAGAUGUGGAUAUUUUGAAAGAAGAA